GCGCUAGGGAUGAUAGAGCUAGAGACGCGGCUAGGGACAACGUUACGUUCCUCUGUGGAUGUGGAUGAGCAAGCUGCAGUGUGAGCGGCAUCACAAAAAGUCUGCGGAAAUGAAAAAAUGGCGACCGCCGUGUAUUUGGAACAUUAUCUUGACAGCCUGGAGACACUGCCAUCUGAACUUCAGAGGAACUUCAAUUUGAUGCGGGAUCUUGACACGAGAGUGCAGGGACUUUCAAAGGACAUCGAAAAGUUGUCACAGACAUAUAUGAAUAAUGCUAAGAAUUACACAGCAGCUGAACAGGCAGAACAUUUGGAAAAUGUCAGAAAAUUGUUUGAAAAAGCCAAAGAAUAUGGUGAUGACAAGGUCCAGUUGGCCAUGCAGACAUACGAAAUGGUGGAUAAACACAUCAGACGUCUUGAUGCUGAUCUAGCCCGUUUUGAGGCAGAGCUCAAAGACAAGGUUCUGAAUGUCCAGGGGAGUGACUCUGAGGGUGCCACAAAAAAACGUGGAAGAAAAACGCAAGAAAAAGUAGAGAAAAAAAAGAGCAAGCGUGGGCGCUCAAUGUCCUCGGACGAUGAAGUCCCAAAGCCCUCACGCAAGAAGCUCAAGGGUCAAGUCUCCCAGCCAACAGACGUUCCCCUGCUGCAGUCCAUUAGUAUAUCGCAUCCAUCUGAUGUGCUUGACAUGCCUGUGGACCCAAACGAACCUACCUAUUGCCUUUGCCAUCAGGUCUCCUAUGGCGAGAUGAUUGGAUGUGACAAUCCUGAUUGUCCAAUCGAGUGGUUCCACUUCACCUGUGUUGGACUCACAAGCAAGCCCAAGGGAAAGUGGUUCUGUCCGAAAUGUUCCAGUGAGCGGAAGAAGAAGUGAUUGCUGGCACAAGUGCUGCAGUGUCAUGAACUUAUUGCUUAGUAGAGCGCUUUGGUUUGCACUGGGGCGAACUUGUAUGGAUAGUGACUUAUGCAUGUGUACAUAUUUGUGUGAGUGUGUGUAUGUUUGUGCUAAAUACAAGGGGCAUUCAAUAACAUCCAAGCCCAAGCAAGAACUUUGUGAACAGGAGCAUGCUUUUAUUUAUUGAAUCCAGACUUCCCCUUUGGGACGCUGCACUUCAAACAUCACUUUCCAAACUCAUUCCUGACAAAAAAAAAAACUAUAGCCAUAGAAGUUGUGCUCUUUGAGUUCACCAACUUUGUGAAAUCAUUGUCUUUAGAAGGUACUCCUUCACGUGUCUGAAUAAAGUCACUUGGGGCAAAAUUUGGCUAAUAGGCUUGGUGUUUGGCAGUAUUGAACAUGUAUUGCCAUGUAGCUUCUUGUGCAACCUGAAACCUAGGGCACUGUUAUGCAGAAACAAUGUUGGUCUUGCUCAGUUUUCCUCUGUGCAGCAUUUGGGCACAACGAGCACCUGUUGUCAUGCAUUUGGAUGGUAGGUAAUCAAUCGGAGAACACCAGCCUUCUCCCAAAUAAAAUCUUGCCGUGACUUUUAUAAAGGCUAUCUUGAAUUUUGUGGGUAGAGAAACAUUUUUUUACUUGAAGGCUCUCUUGCUUGCUGGAGGAGUCCCAAUAGUAGAGCCAGGCUUCAUCUUUUCACCAACUGCCUGUUAAACUGCUCUUGUCAGGGUUGAACACUCUUGUCUGCUGCCGUUGGCACACUAUCCUGUCAUUUAUUGGCUCCACUUCUUGAAAACUUACCCGCUGCAAGCGACAGCAUUCAUAAUAAUUCCCUGCAACAUUCCGCUCUUUUUGUCAUUUAAAGCAGCAUUUUGGGCUCUGAGUGCGAGCAGAUCUUUUACAUGCACAGAUGUUUGUGCAUGGUUUCUUCUAAGAAUACAGUACUAACGUCAAGCACUGUAACAACGUAGAUAACUGCCACCUUCCUAUUACUCAUGAACAAUUCAUUAUGCUUACUUCAACUUGAGACUGGCCAAUGGGACGUCUUCCGAAGACUUCUUGCUGUAGUUAAAUAAAGGCCUUUUU